AUGCAAGCUAUUGCCGAUAAAUACUCGCAGCAGAGCGCGCUGGCAACCGAACUACAAUACGAUAAUGAGGAAGGUUUAAACAAUGAUUUUGUUAAUGGUAACGCGCUUUUCCAGCGACUAGCGCCUCAAAUCGCAAUGCCCCCUAUAUCGUCGCCCCAGGCAUUUCUCAGAGCGCAUACAGAUGAUUCCCAGAACCCAGACUGCAAAAUUAAGAUCGCUCACGGUACCACUACUUUAGCUUUUAGAUUCCAGGGUGGUAUCAUAGUUGCUGUCGAUUCGCGUGCAACCGCUGGUUCAUGGAUAGCGUCUCAAACGGUAAAAAAAGUGAUCGAGAUCAACCCCUUUCUGCUAGGAACAAUGGCAGGUGGUGCAGCCGAUUGUCAGUUUUGGGAGACUUGGCUUGGAACACAAUGCAGACUUCACGAACUAAAGGAAAAAGAACGAGUUUCUGUAGCAGCCGCCUCAAAGAUUUUAAGCAAUCUGGUGUACGAAUACAAGGGGGCUGGCCUUUCUAUGGGAACAAUGAUUUGCGGCUAUACCAAGAAGGAGGGUCCCACAAUUUAUUACGUGGAUUCUGACGGUACCAGACUCAAGGGCGAUCUGUUUUGUGUAGGAUCUGGUCAAACUUUCGCAUACGGUGUUCUAGACUCAAACUACAAAUGGGAUCUAUCGGUAGAAGAUGCCCUAUAUCUAGGGAAACGGUCGAUAUUGGCCGCAGCGCAUAGAGACGCCUACUCAGGUGGUUCCGUUAACCUCUUUCACGUAACAGAACAAGGCUGGGUCUAUCACGGCAACCAUAAUAUCGAUACGCUAUUUUGGGAGAUCAAAGAAAAAGAAGGGUCUUUCAAUAAUGUCAUUGGUUGA